AUGGCAGUUUGGAACAUAUUCCGAAUUGCGGCAGAUCUCUCCCACCUUGCAGCUAUCGGUAUCCUUAUUCUCGCCAUCCACCGCAACCAAAGCGCAGAGGGCGUGUCGCUCAUUUCGCAGGGGCUUUACGCUGUCGUCUUUUUAACCCGCUACCUCGACCUCUUCUCCACGCAUUCAGCCUGGAAUGUCAUCUUCAAGAUAAUCUUUAUCGCCUCGUCGAUAUACACCGUAUGCAUUAUGCAGUGGAAGUAUCCACGCACGCGCGAGCGUGAACUCGCAUGGAAGAUUACCACUGUCGUUGUUGUCGGCUCAGCAGCAUUAGCACCCUUCACAAUGAUGAUAUUCGAGAACACGUGGGGUUUCCGAAAGUUGAUGUGGGACUUUUCCGAGAUUCUCGAAUCCGUCUGCAUCCUCCCCCAACUGCUUCUGCUCCGUCAAACUACCAUCCCAACCGUCAUCGAUUCAUACUACCUUCUCGCUCUUGGACUUUAUCGUGGCUUCUACUGCAUUAACUGGCUGGUCCGCGGGCUCGACCCCGAUGAUCACACAGUCAGAACAGUGUCUGUGAUCUUUGGUGUCAUCCAGACCUUGCUCUACCUUGACUUUGCUUGGGUCUACUACACUCGCCAGCGCGUCAAGCUUCGGGGCGGCGGUGUUGUGGAUGCAGAUGACCUACGCCAUAGCUGGCUCUUGCGCCGUAUUUUCGGCCGACGUGCUGAACAGGAGGAUCUCGACGAGGAGCGUGGCGCCUUUGAAGGUCAGGGUACCAGUCGAGGUGGUCGCCCUAACUGGGGCUCUCGCGGGAUCUCUAUUAGUGCCGAUGACACGCUUGACGAGCAUGAAGAGCAAGACGAAGGUAUUGAAGGUGCGGUGGACCCUGAUGCAAGGAUGCAGGAUCCUGAUGAUCUGGCCAAGGCACUGGACGACGACGACGACGAGGAUACUCCCCUUCAGGGCAGCAGCAACAGUGCAGCCCCGGGUGUUCGCAGUGGUGAGGAGUGGCGAGAUUAA